AUGGCUCCACAAAACCCGGAGCUUCACCGAGAGAGCUCUCGAGGUAUUAGUGAGACACAAGCGAGGCAUGCGAGACACAAUGGGACUCUUCGUCGUCGCCUUCGUCUUGGUUAUCGUGGCCGCUCUUUGCGCCGCAACCUAUGUCUUCGUCCCGCGCUUCUUCCCCGCGACUCUCAGCUAAUCUGGAGGUCGUCCCUCAUUCUCGCCCUUAUUUGCUGCUACCUCAUGUGGGCCAUCACCUACCUCGCUCAACUCCAUCCCCUCGUCGCCCCUAAACGAUCCGACCUAAGGCCGGAGGCCAUUAGCCUAGCUUCCUCACAGCCUCCCGCUCCACUGCUAGGAACAAGAUCAUCGGACAUCUCCCCGUCAUCAUCUUCCGCCACCCGACGAUAG